AUGGGCCAAGCGGACGACACGAGGACUCUCCUAGGUGACAGCAGAGGCGGAAGGGACGCGCCGAAAGCGCCCAUGCUGAGUCGAUGCCUGUUGCCAGAACAUGCGGCGUGCUUCAAGUUCGCAGCCUUCAAUGCGAUGCAGGCGUCCUGCUGGGAGGAGCUCUAUCUCGGCUCCGGCAACAUGGUCGUGAGCGCACCGACCGGGGCCGGAAAGACAGUUCUGUUCGAGCUGGCGAUUCUUGGUAUGCUCCGGGACCAGCCGUCGAGCCCCAAAGCUUUGUACCUGGCACCACUGAAGGCGCUGUGCCAAGAGAAGGCACGUGAAUGGAGCGAGCAAUUCGGUCAAAUCGGAAUUGUUGUGGUAGAGUUGACCGGCGAUCAAGGGGCAAGUGUUGGACGCCGCAGCUCACGGCUUGCAAAAGCAAGCAUCAUCGUCUCCACUCCGGAUAUGUGGGACUACUUCAUGCGGCAGGCGAGCCGGGGAUCGGACGCCAUGUCCGUCGUAGAGGCGUUGCAGUUGGUCUGUGUGGACGAGGUCCACAUGCUUGGCAUGCCGAAGCGAGGUGCUAUCCUGGAGUCUGUAGUGGCGCGGCUUCGAACGUUGAGACAGCUGACCUUGAAGGAGAAGCCCCUUCGACUGGUCGCUGUCUCUGCCACAGUUCCCAACAUCGCGGACAUUGGGACGUGGCUGUCUGUUGCUCCCGCGAAUACGAAGGCAUUUGGCAUGGAACAUCGCCCAGUGCCCCUUCGCGUGCACGUGCAGACCUUCAGAGGCAGCAAAAACGAGUUCAUGUUUCAAGAGUCCUUGAAUCGCGAGCUCGGGCCCAUCAUUCACCGCUACUCCGAGGGGAAGGCAACUCUGGUGUUCUGCGUCACGAAGAGGGCUUGCGAAACUGCCGCGACCAGUUUGCGAGAUUCCAGACCGUGGCAACCAGCACCCUCCGUUCGCACCGAUCUGGCGGAGAAGGCAGCGCAGGUCUCGGACGCGACACUUCGAGGCCUUCUGCCCCAUGGCCUUGCGUUUCAUCACUCCGGGCUGAGCGCGACUGACCGCCGCCUUGUCGAAACCCUCUUCCUUGAGGCCGCAGUUCAGGUGCUGUUCUGCACGCAGACACUGGCACUGGGCGUGAACCUCCCUGCCCGCCUGGUCGUAGUGAAGGGGACGACAGCGUACAAGGAAGGCGGCUGGGAGGAGUACGACGAGUUGGAGAUGUUACAAAUCAUGGGCCGAGCUGGACGACCCCAGUUUGACGACCAAGGGGUAGCGGUGAUCCUCGCCGAAGAGGGGCUUUCAACACGCUGGCAGCAAAUGCUCGAAGGUCGGCCUCUUGAGAGCAACCUGCCGGAUCGGCUUACCGAGGCCUUGCUCUGUGAAGUCGUGGCAGGAUCGAUACAAAACCGGGAGGCACUUUGCACGUGGCUUGCCGGCACCUUCCUGGCCGUGAGGGCCUGCAAGGAUCCUCUCCGCUACGCCGCCGCUUGUCCGUUGCUUCACGGCCAAGCUCCCAAUGGGCAUCCACUCGCAUAUCCUCAGGGCCCCGAUGUGACCAGCUUUCUGCAGCUCUUGGGUCAGGCAGAGGAAGCGAAGAUGAGGUCGGCCGGCCUCAUUGCCGCCAGUGCACAGCAUCCCGGCUUUCAAUCAACGCCACUCGGUGGGACCCUGUGCCGCAGCGGUGUUCGUGUGAGCACUCUCCACCAGCUGCAAGCAGCGGGAGCACCUCAGGACAUGAAGGAGCUUCUUUGGCUCCUUGCGUCGACAUCCGACUUCGAGGAGUUUCGCCCUCGGCAGGGAGAGAGGACGCAGCUCAGGAGCUUCGCCAAGGGCCGCGCGGUGCGUUGGCCUUUCACCGGGCCCAUCGACACUGCCGCCAAAAAGGUUCUGGUGCUCCUCAUGUUAGCGCUCGCGGACUCCCCGCGACAGGAGCUCUCCUGGGAGCUGAAAGCUCAGCAGAGCCAGGCAUUCCGUCGCUGCGAGCCACUUCUUCACGUGGCUUCGGAAUUUUUCGAAGCCCAGAAAAAAGGGCCUGCGGUGGCAGCCUGCCUGCUCUUGCGGAAGUGCCUGCAGAAGCAGAUCUGGGAGGACACGGCCAUGCCUGUGCGGCAGCUGAAGGGCAUCGGGGACAAGCUCGCGGUAGUGCUGCACCAGCAAGGCUUCGCGUCGUUCCAAGGCUUUGCCUCAGCCGAUCCACGGCUGAUUGCCCAAGCUUGUCAGUCGCGAGUGUCUGGAUCCGAUCUGCAGGCGAAGCUGCUUGCCAUUCCUCGCAUUGGAAUGCGGCUAACUCCAGAUGGCAGCAGCGGAACCAUAUACAUUCAGCUUGCAAGUAGCGCGACUGGGUCGAUGGGACAGAGUGGCUGUUUGGGGGCAUGGAGUCAUUUGGUUGUCUAUUCAGCUCCCGAGGGGCAGUUGCUGCAACACCUGCGCUUCCCAUCAUGUCAGCCUCCACAAAAUUUGUCUGCACAUCUGCAGUCUGCAAGUGGCUUGGUGGUUCUCAUGAUCUAUGAGGACGUGGUCGGAUUGGAUGAGCGACAAUCUUUAGGGGACUCUCGAUUGGCUCCGCAUCCACCUUCCGAUUUCACCCUGCCCGCGGCUUCGAAGGGAAAUGCGACCAGGGCGACUUCUGGCCAAGGGAACUCAGCCAGCACCACUCCCCGUCGAGCUCCCAAGUGCAAGGCAGCUCCUCGGUCUGGUCACGAGGCGACCUUUGCUUUGGCACGUGCCAAAUCCACUGGGCAAGUGCCGACGCUCACGCCACCAUCGGCACACGGCAGCAUGCAGCCUAUGUCGGCUUCCAUGACUGCACCUGCAAGUUCGACAGGAUUGACGGGGGCAGCCGGCAGCCCGAACGCCAGCCGACCAGCCAGCGCGUUUACAGCUGCUGGCAGGCUCCGCAAGGGAAUCGUUUGGCAGGGGCCUUUGGCGGAUGCCUCGGAAGCGCAGCCGGGAAGCUCCGGGGCCUAUGGAUGCUUCGUUGGAAGGCCAUCGAUCUCCAUGGAUACGCUCGCGUUUCGAGGUGUAUGA